AUGACAGCUUUUCAAAUAUCGUCAUUUCCCUCUACCUCGCCAAAAUCAAUCCGCCAUGGAAACCCCAAACAAUCCAGUCGUCAGUGGCUCCACCGCCACUUCUUCCGGCUUAACCGGCGGAGUCUCAAUCGCCAUCCCAGGUUGGGACGAGCCCCUCACCGAGGAAGAACUCGAGGCCAUCGAUGCCUCAGUUGAAGCAGCAUCCGCAGGUAGAGCCCCUAAUCAUAAGAAGCGACGCCCUCCGGAGGCGGAAGAUAGCCGGAUCGAAACUCCCCGGCGGCGGUUGCCCCGUUCGUCUUCUUUAUCGCCCUGUCAAGUGAAUGAGGUAAUGAGGUACCCCAGCAUGGCUUUUGGAGGUCGAAUUUUGUAUAGCAGAACCACUGUCGAGGUGGAGAAAUCAGCAGCAGAGCUUUUAAAGAAAAUCAAUGCAUUGAAGAGGUUAACGGAUCAAGUUACAAUUGGUUUUGACAUUGAGUGGAGACCAACAUUCAGAAGAGGUGCACCCCUUCGAAAAGCUGCAGUUAUGCAGAUUUGCUGCAACACAGAUGACUGCUAUGUGAUGCAUAUUGUUCAUUCUAAUAUCCCUCAGAGUCUGAAGCUUAUAUUAGAAGACCGUGCAGUUAUUAAGGUUGGAGUUGGCAUAGUUAAUGAUGCUGUAAAGGUGCAGAAAGAUUAUAAUGUAUCUGUACAAGCCUGUGAAGAUCUGUCCUGGCUCGCUAACGAAAAGCUCCAUCAUGAUCAGCGAAAUUGGAGUCUUGCACAUCUAACUGAGAUUCUUGUAUCUAAACAGCUUCCAAAGCCCAGAAACAUCAGGUUAGGAAAUUGGGAGGCCUUGUUUUUAUCAAGAGAACAGCUUCAUUAUGCUGCUACGGAUGCUUUUGCUUCCUGGCAUCUAUAUAAGGUUUUGAAGAGCUUGCCAGAUUUGGAAACAAAUAAUUCUGAGAUUGAUAACAAGAAGGAAGCAGCAACAAGUGUCUUGCUCUAAUGACUGUCACUGGUAUUAUUUGCAGAUGCUUUGAUGAACUCGUUUGAGUAUUGUUCAAUGUUCAAGGCAUGUGAGCUCUUUAUCAGCAAGCAUGGAUGUCUGUUACUGUUGCGACUUGCUCUGUCCUAUAUGUUUCCCCUCCAGCCGAUCCCCUGUGAGCGCAUUUGAUAUCAAAAUCUGUUGAGCCUCUCACUUGACAGAUGCAUUCAAAUCUUCUGUUUAAAUUACAUACAACUGUGAAGGCUAUUCUCUGAUGAGAAGAAAUGUUUAGCAUCGAAUGAUGUAUGCUGCUUUCUGCAAUGAGCACAUGGUAUUCUUUAGUAAAAGGUGAAAGAAUAGUUUGCUCUGUACUCAAUGCGCAACUGCAUGAUUUUACUUUCAGGACUGGGAUAAACAAAGGAUUGAUAUAUUUUCUUGUUCAUGGCUUUUCCUAUAAUUACAGAACAUCUUAAUCAUUUCAAAUUGA